AUGGGAUCCUCUGGAGUGAUGAUAAGGAUUUUACAGUACGUUGGACUUUAUAUUCAACUUAACGCAGCUCUCAACGUCGGACAAACCGAGGUGGAUAAUCGCAUUUCUGGAAAUGCUCUCUUUACAGAGGUGCCACACGACAUUGCAGCGCAGAGCGGUGAGGAUGUAGAGAUGGCUUGUUCCUUCCGUGGGGCGGGCUCUCCCUCCUACUCGCUGGAGAUCCAGUGGUGGUACAUCAAGCACCACAGAGACUGGAAAGAGAAGCCUGCCCAGAUCACGAAUAAUGUUGCACCCCUGGAGGAAACUUCCAAAGACGCCACCAAAAUUAGUGUGGUAAAAGUAGCCGGCAGCAACAUCUCCCACAAGCUCCGUCUCUCCAGCGUCAAGCCCUCAGACGAGGGCACGUAUGAGUGUCGCGUCAUUGACUUCAGCGGCACCGUGGCACAGCAGCACCGCGUUCGCGCCUACCUCCAGGUGGAGCCUGAGAGGAGUCAGGGGCCAGAUGACUUCAAGCUGCAGGAGCCAGGGCAGGGGUCACAUGGGAGCCACCAUCACGCCCGCCACCAGACAGAGGGCAGGGAGCUGAAGAGGAGAUCAGCUGGCAGCACCACUGACUGUAAUGAGAGCUGUGUGCUUUAGAGUGGGCAGUCUGCCCGUCUGUCUGCAUGUCCAUGACUUAUCUCUUAAUAGGGACUGUCAUCAACACACACGUCACCACAGAGUCGCAGUGUCGGACGUAACUGGACCCUUUGUGUUUCAUGGUGUGUUUGUUUAUCUUUAAUAUUUCUGUUUGGAUGCCAAUGCUGUUGAAUGCCAAUGAAGGGCAACAUUUUAUUGACUCUAUAUAUGCUUAUUUUUCUUGUUGUUGCUUUGUCUCUGUGCUUUCCUCCUAUUGCAUUAGGUGACAGUUAGGCUGUAUUCACAGAGGUUUUUUUUGUCAGAGCAGGACUCUCUUAAUGGCCAGAAGAGUUAAAGUACAGGCAGUGUAGUGUCAGAAUUAUCAUGGAAAUCAUAAAUACUAAAUAGGUGAUAGAGACACACAACAUACCAUUUCCUUUGCAAUGUGCCAGGUUUACUGUCUUUAACCAAAACAUGUGCAAAAAGCUGCAGUAUUUUAAUGCUUUCUAAGGAAUUAAGAAUAAAUUAAGCUUUUUUCUUCACCUGAGAACUUUUCAAAUUGCAUUUCAUUUAUCUAAUAUUUGUUUUAAACUACAAUGCUUUUCACAAUAAAAAGGUAUGCCUUCAUAACACCAAGAUUAUAUCAAUUCGUAUGUAAAUUUACAUUUGGCACUGUAGACUUUUGCUGUUAUCAUUAAGUUUAGUCUGUGCUAUCUUAACCAAAUGACUCAAGAAACACAACUAGAACAUUAA